GUUUUUGUUAAGUUGGUUAAACUGUCUACUGUCAAACAAGUAGAACUGACUUCACUCUGAAACAGUCAAUUCAUUUCAUUCAGUCAAUCAAAUAAUCAUGGCGGCUAUGGAUGUCGAGCCACCAAAACUGGAGCAAGCGAUGCGAACCCUAAAGUUGUCAGGGCAUGUCGGUUUCGACAGCUUGCCUGACCAACUGGUGAACAAGAGUGUCCAGAAUGGAUUUGUAUUUAAUAUUCUGUGCAUAGGUGAGACGGGCCUUGGCAAGUCCACCCUUAUGGACUCCCUGUUCAACACUAAUUUCGAGUCGUCUCCGAGCCCUCACAACUUACCCACCGUCAAGCUGAAAGCUCAUACAUAUGAACUGCAAGAGAGCAAUGUCAGACUUAAGCUGACGAUCUGCGACACUGUGGGCUACGGAGACCAGGUGAACAAGGAGGACAGCUUUAAAGCGGUGGUGGACUACAUCGACGCCCAGUUCGAAGCGUUCCUUCAAGAAGAACUCAAGAUCAAGCGCUCGCUCGCCGCCUACCACGACAGCCGCACGCACGUCUGCCUCUACUUCAUCUGUCCCACCGGACACGGGCUCAAGUCCAUCGACUUGGUCUGCAUGAAGAAGCUGGACACCAAAGUCAACAUCAUCCCCAUCAUUGCGAAGGCAGAUACUAUUUCCAAGACUGAGCUCCAGAAAUUCAAAUCAAAGAUAAUGCAAGAACUGCAAGCCAACGGCGUGGAGAUCUACCAGUUCCCUGUCGACGAUGAGUCUGUCUCCGAGAUGAACACCAGCAUGAACUCCCACAUCCCGUUCGCGGUGGUCGGCAGUACCGACUUCGUCAAGAUCGGGAAUAAGACUGUGCGCGCUAGGCAAUAUCCUUGGGGAACCGUGCAAGUGGAGAACGAAUCGCACUGCGACUUCGUGAAGCUGCGCGAGAUGCUGAUCCGCACCAACAUGGAGGACAUGCGCGAGAAGACGCACGCGCGCCACUACGAGCUGUACCGGCGCCGGCGCCUGCAGCAGAUGGGCUUCACCGACGUCGACGCCGACAACAAGCCGGUGUCAUUCCAACAGACAUUCGAGCAAAAGCGUAGCGCUCAUUUGGCGGAACUUCAGCAGAAGGAAGACGAAAUGAGGCAGAUGUUUGUACAGAAGGUCAAGGAAAAGGAGGCCGAGCUCAAAGAGGCCGAGAAAGAGCUGCACUCCAAGUUCGACAAGCUGAAGAAGGACCACACGGACGAGAAGAAGCGGCUGGAGGAGCUCCGCAAGAAGAUCGAGGACGACACCAUCGAGUUCACCCGGCGCAAGCAGCAGGCCGCCGCCGCGCACCACACGCUCACACUCGGCAAGAGCAAGAAGAAGUAAACAACUCCCCGACUCCCGCGCUCCCAUGCGGCCCUGGUACCCCGCGCCAGUAAGCGGUCAUGUCUUGCGAUACCAUUCGCGUUGCAUACCAAAUGUCGCCUAUCCUUUCGUUUUCAUAACAAGUGAAGUGGGAGAGCAUUAAUUGUCAAAAUACUUUGUAACUUCAACAAUUUUAACAUGCAUACGUGGGUUUACCAUAAAAUAUACAAAUGACUUGUAAACUAGUGUUGCCGGAUUAUCGAUAGUUUAAAAGUCGAAAAAGGCAUAUUAUCGAUAGUGUACCUAGUAUAUUAUUGCGAAUCGAUACUAUUAAUAGUAUUUUACACUACACUUUAUACUAUCGAUAGCCUAUAGAUAUGAUAUUGAUAGUAAACUAUCGACAAAACUGCAACACUAUUGUAAAUCUGAAUUUGUAGCUGGCAAACUCUUACGUACGUUUGUGAUGAUUAGGUAUGACAAGGAAGAAAAAUCUCAAUCCCAAUGCCUAAUAAUAAAUAUCGCAAUGAUAUUCGCAUAAACAUUUUAGAAAUCUAGUAAUGGUGAAAUUUAAUCAAUAAUAUUUGCUCCUUUUACUAUGCUUACUGUGGAACAAGUAUAGAAGUGUGCAUUACAAGUUUAAAAGGCCUAUUAUAUGGCGUACUACGUCUUUUAAAUUAGCUUAUACUGACGCAAAACUCACAGUCAUAUGAGAUUGCUACGAUUGCUAGCUUUUAUAUAGCUUCUCAGUCUAAUUUGAUACGCUAGACCAGAAUUCUCGUCGCGUGAUGUUAUGGAAUCGUAUUUUAUUGAUUUUUUGACUGAUUUUACUUAAGUCAUUUCAAACUGAUAUCAUUCAUAAAUUUCGUGUAGUUUUUUAGGUUAGAUGGGUUAGGUUAUUCAGUGCACAAAGUUUAAAUAUCACAUCGCUUGCCUGCGUUUCAUAUUUACAUCGUAAUUAUUCAUGGGGUUCAUAUGUUUAUUAUUGAUAUUUUUUUUGCAUAAUUACGAAAGAGCAUACGUUUUGCCAAGUUUUUUGUACAACCAACCCUACCUACUACCUACCAACCAACCCUAGUAAUUUUAAACCUAUAAUAGGUAAUUCGGCCAAAUGACUAACACUUUAGUGCGGUUAUACAACUAUCUACCAAAUGUAUUAAAUUUAAUUAUUAUUUACAUUAAAAUAGCCGUAUUUUUUAUUAUAAGGAGGGAAUAUUCGAUCACGUUUCAAAUAUUUAAUGUGAAGAACAUAUCUAAGUGUUGAACUUCCUACAAUUACGGUUACGCAUAAUACUAAUAUUUUCAAUGUUUGCAAUGUAAUAUUUACUGAACAUAAUAAAAUUAACUACGAGAAACGUGGUCGACUAUUUAUUUAGAAAGUAAGUUUUAUAUGAAAUGAAAUAUAGUUGUGUUUAAAUAGUUUAUUGUGAAUGCGCCACACCGCUUGUAACAAAAUUACCCUCGACUGUGUAUGACUAGAGGUUACUAUAAUUAUAUUGAGAAGUCAUUGCAAGACUACCCAUGUACCAAUUUUGUACCUUAUAUUAGGCCAUUGUCUACAGGUACGUAUAGUAAUAGAUAGCGCAAUUUUUCCGCCAUAUAUUUACGUUAAAAUUCGAUGAUGAAUUUUGAUAUUCUGUACAUUUACUAUAUUUGAAUAUUAUCUAUAUUCUUUCAAAAAACUGUCUACUUGGGAAAUAGAGACAUUACUAGUUGUAACAUUUCUUUUGAGUCGGGUUAAGGAAAGUGAUUGAUCUUCCAAUCCUAGCGUUGUCUAUUAGGAUAUGACUCUGUGGUUAUGCAUUACAAUCCAAAAUGUUCGGUAUUUUAUCUACAAAUAGAAAUAAGUAAAUAUUUCACAUUAAUCACUUACGUACGACUGCUCUCUAAUUAAUUUAUAUCUAUGAACAAGUGGAGCAUCUUUAAUGCACGUUCCGUAUUGCAUUUAUUCUUUCAUUCCUAGUUUACGAUGAUUUUAUAUAUUUUUAUAUUAUUUCUUUACCUAACUGAGGUAUACAAUAAAAUUAUAAUAUGACGAAAAUAUACGUUUUCUCGUGAUGUCUUUUAACAACA